GACUCGGUCGGCUCGGUCGACUACGAGUCGAUGAUGUACGGCGAAGAGUACACCAAGGUGGCGCGCGAGCUCCGCCAGCAGGCCCAGGAAAAGGCCGUCGAGGAGGGCAAGCCCAUCGUCGCCGCGGUCGCCGAGAAGCCUGCCAGCGGGUACGCGGCCGCCUUGAUCAACGGCGCGGCGGCGGCGGCUCCAAAGAAGGAAGAGGCCCCGAAGAAGAAGGAGGUUGUCGAGUCGCCCAAGAAGGCGGCGCCGGUCAAGAAGGCUGUCGUUGUCGAGGCGAAGAAGGAAGUGAAGGAAGUGCCCGUCGUCGCGCCCACGGGUGCCUGGGGUGCGCGCUCGUUCUUGGACAUUGUGAAGGAGCCCAAGAAGGCCGAGGCCGAGGAAUAA